GCAACCUGCUCAGUUCAGAAGUCUCCAGACCGUCUCCCUGUUCGUGCCGCUCGCUCGAAGAUGCCUCAGCGGUCGCCGACAGUCUCGAUCGUCGUGAACGGGUCGCCCGUCGCACUGGACGGCCCUAACGACACCGAUUUCCGACACUCCAAUGGUCAUGUGGUGAGAGUCUCCCUAAGCCUCCCACCCUUGAAGCCAGACCAGGACGAACGCAGCAGUAGUGGUGCUUCCAGCGGUCCUGGUAGCGACGACGAAACGCCUUUCGAAUGCGAUUUUUCCAGCGUCAAUUACAACAUGAGAUCGCUGGACAGUGGCAUCAGCAUGAAAGACUUGCAGCAGGAUCUCAAAGCGAGCCUCGCCGUGAAGGAUGCCCACGCGAAGGAUGAGUACCACAACGGCGUGUGCUUCAACGUUCUGGAAGCCGGCGCAAACGGAUAUGAUUCUGACAUGAAGUUUCACAUGAAAGAGUUGGAUGGUGUAGUGAACCAUGUGAGCAACGGUGCGCGUGAGGAUGAACAUCCGUUGGAUGCAGCCCUUGCGAACGAGCAAGCCAUUCUUUCGAGGCAGGGUACCGUCCGUGGAGUGAAAAACCUGGUGCGGGCUUCAAUCAAAUGCAUCGUCGAUUCUCAGGAUGGGCGACGCAACUACAGCAGGGAAGAAGCUGGCCGGGUAGUGUUGUACACCACAUCCAUGGGAGUUAUCCGACACACGUGGGAACAGUGUCGCCGUGUGAAGAACAUUCUACAGACUCUUCUGGUGCGCUUUGAAGAACGCGACGUGUUCAUGAACCGAUCGUUCCAGAAGGAAAUCAUGGAACGCACAGGAAUGCCGCACGUUGUAGUGCCCCACAUGUUCGUCGAAGGGCACCUCCUCGGGGGUGCCGAACUGGUGGAACGCCUAAAUGAAACUGGAGAACUUCGCCAGAUGUUGAAACCCUACAAGAAAACCUGUGUUGGUGGCACGUGUCCAAUGUGCGGCGGCUACCAGUACCUCCCGUGUCCGGUGUGCGGAGGCAGCAAGAAGUCUACUCAACAUCGACACCGCUUCUCUUCUUCCAUCAUCUACCUACGCUGCCUCAACUGCGACGAAGGCGGUCUCGUGCGAUGUGAGAUGUGCCUACACGGAGACGGCUGAGACAGCCCCCCAUAGCAAAAGACUAACAAAAGCCCGUGCAAUGGGACCCACUACAGUGUGCAGCCUAGGCCAUGUCGUAGCCCGAUGGAUUUUAGGGCGCUGUGAAUGUUGGUGGCGCCUUUGAAAUGUAACGCUGGAUCUGACUGUGAACGAUACACGGGCAUCAGUGUGUAGUACUUGUGUGGCGUAGCGUACCACACUAAUUUAUUCUCUUUGACGGAGAAUGCCAAGGUGAACGCGCGUUCGAGAUGAACUACUGGUUUUGAUUGAAGGAAACAAAAAAAAAUUGUUGAACAUGCACAAUGGAGCGCGUAUUUGAGAAGUGACACAACAUUUGCCCUCUUCAGAGUUGUAGAGAGCAUCACGGUGUCGCGACACGGGGACAGACCAGGUCAUACCCGUCUGUCCAGAGCAGGCCCUCGCCAUAGCUUUGGACAAUGGCUUUAGGCAGUGGCUAGACAGAAACUACAACAAUGUUGUGGUGCUGCCGUGUGUGAGUGCGUGGUGCAUUGACUACUGCAAGUAGCUGGCCGGCUGCACAGGAAAAUGGGGAUCAUCACGUUCUGAGGGUGACGCUCCGUGCAAGGCAACAGUGCUGAUAUUGACGGUUAAUUGCUUCAAUGUAAAUAAAUUCUAACCAUCUGCAGAUAAAUCAAACUCACAAUAACGGAACGUAAAGUCGCCUUGCAUGAAAAUACAUGAAUCCACAUCUCUGUCACUACUGGUAUCAUCAACACUCUCUCAAGCAUCCCAUUCGGGUUAUGCAGCAUACAAGGCAUACUUAAAUCUAUAAGAGUCAAUUACCGCCAGGGCCUGCAAGAAUUCCCGCAGUGAAAGUUAUUAGAGGAGACUUCUCCCGACAUGACUAUCUCGACACCAGCGUCGCUGACUUUACGUCGUACAAGGCGUUUAUUGCGGGGACCGUUAACAUGUUGCCGUCUGUAGUCCAAGGCUUGUGCGUAUUUUACUGCGUACAAUACGCACUAACAAAGUAACGGUACGAUUGUUCUUAACUAGAGUAGGUUUUGAUGUACAGCCAUCACACUGACCAGCAUAAAGGUAAAUAAAAAUGAAGAGAAAAACACA